AUGGUCGGGGGCGAUUUCAAUUGUGUUAGAGACCGUGGUGAUCGUAGGAAUUCUAAGUUUAAUGCGGCUGAAACGGAUGAGUUCAAUGAAUUCAUAGAGGGGGUGGGUCUUCACGAGUACUUGUUAAGAGGGUGGAAGUUCACUUUCGUUACCGGGAAUAAAUGUAGUCGCAUAGACAGGAUGUUUGUUUCGUGGAACUUCCUUUCUUCUUGGCCGAAUGCGGAAUAUCGUGCUCUUGCUAGGGAAUGUUCGGAUCAUAGUCCGCUUGUUUUGAAAGUUGGGUAUAGGAAUUUUAGCGUUAAACAGUUCCGAGUAUUUACUUCUUGGCUGUAUCAUAGCGGAUUCAAAGAAGUGGCGGCUAACGCUUUAUCGGAUUUCAAGGAUGGUGGUUUGCUUGAUGUUCUGCUUAUGAAAAAGUUCAAAUAUUUGAGGCAAGUUAUCGCUAAAUGGGUGGAACGAAGCAAAGCUGUGGAAUGUGAGGAAGAGGAAAACUUGGUGCAUGAGCUGAAUGUUUUGGAUUCGAUUAUUGAAGAAAGGGAUUUCUCAGAAGCGGAAUGA